GGUUUAUAGGACAAUAAAUGUCACUAUUUAAUGUUGUAUAGAAUGUGACAUGUAAGAUGGCGGACGUCGAUAACUUGAGCUCCGAUCAAAUAAGUAUUAAUAUAGUUAAAGAACUUCUUAAAGUACAGGAAAACAGCUUUAAAUCUUUUGUGAACCUCCUAAUUGAUAAUUUCAACAGCCGACAUGAUAAUUUAAACCGCGAAAUACAAGGAAUCAAGGAUAGUUUGCAAUUCUCACAGAAAGACAUCGACGUGACGAAGAGCAAACUUAACAGAAUUGACGCCUUAGGCUUGGAGAUUGAUUCUUUAAAGGGCAGUAUCAACGAUUUUGACAACAAGAUAGAUUAUCUUGAAAAUCAGAGCAGGCGAAGCAACGUGAGGAUCAGUGGGUUGAAAGAGGACAAAAACGAAAGCUGRGCAACAACGGAACAGAAGGUUAAAGAUCUCUUGAAUGAGAAGCUGCAGAUCUAUCCCGAAGACGGCUUURAAAUAGAAAGAGCUCAUAGAACCGGUAGACGCAGCGAGAAGCCAAGACAAAUCGUCGCUAAGUUCCUCCGAUACAAAGAUAAAGAAGCUGUUCUUCAAUCUAGCAAGAAACUUAAAGGAACAGGUAUUUACAUCAACGAAGAUCUUUCCUCGAGAGUUGUCAAAAGAAGACAGGAUCAACAGGAGAAGCUGCAACAAGCACGCAAAGAAGGGAAGAUCGUAUAUUUCAGUAUGGAUCGAUUGGUCAUAAAACCAAGACCAAUGGCCUUUAAUUCAGAGCAACCUUUUGGCUCUCUUGGCGCUACUGCAAGCUUUGGAUCUUACAGAGACGCAAUACAAAAUGGAAGCAGGAUCAACGCAGGAUCAAAUUCACCGAAAUCAUCCCAAGAUCAAACCUGAAAUUUGCACGAUUUGCCUGAUGUACCGACAUGUCUCAACAAACUGAACAUUUCUUUUGUAAAGAUAAGUGAAUAUUAUAUAGUUAUAUAUCUAACUUUUCUUCAAUAUAUUCAUUCCUGAAUUUUUAUGCGUAAACAAAAAAAUAAUGUAUGCACAGUAUGCCUAAAACGCCUAAAUUCAAAUUCUAGAACAGUUAAUUGUUCAGUUUGCUCUAAACGUUGUCACCUGAAGUGUCUUAACAAGGCACCUGAUUGUACCGAUGUUAACGACCUAUCUCAUUUAUCAAAAUCACACAUAUGCUCUCAUUGCAUAAGUGACGCCUUGCCGUUUGCAUCAUUAGAUGACGACGAGUUCCAUUCAGCCUUGCUUAAAUUACAAUACGGCUGGAGCCCGUUUCACAACUUUGAUCGGCUCAAUGGGCUUUCAUUCCAACCUUUUCAAAACACAUUCGCCAGGUCCAAAGCAAAUUUUGUAGAUAACUUCUGUGACCCGGACGAAAACGUGUUURCAAAUGUCAAUGAUAUGUUAAGCAAUUGUCGAUACUAUGUCGAAGAUAGUUUCGAAAAUCUUUUAGACAAACCAAUUGGUUUUUCACUCAUUCAUUUUAACAUAAGAAGUUUACGAAAGAAUUUCGACAAUCUGG